CAGAAGGAUGUGUCAAAAAUCAGAAAUAUUGGCAUCUCUGCCCAUAUUGAUUCUGGAAAAACCACACUCACAGAGAGACUUUUGUUUUAUACUGGAAGGAUCAGUCAGAUGCAUGAGGUGGGAAUAAUGCACUUUGAUUUGCCUUUAGAACUGCUUUCAACAUUACCAAUCCUACUUUGCAGGAUGCAUCUCACAUGUGGACCUCAUAAUAAUCUAGCUCACAGCAGAGUCUCUGUGACUCAGAAGUAGAGCAUCAAAGUGGUGAAUCUGAAGGUCUGAGGUUCUAUUCCUCAUGAGGACUCUAAAUUGUUUUUAGUCCCACGCUCAUGACAAGACAGAAAAAAAAAAUCUUUGCUGAUGGACUUUGAUGUAUGUUGUAACAGUUCAAAGCCAAUUUCCCAUGGGUUUUGAGUGAUUAUACUAAUAGUGAGUUUUGCUCUGUGGUAUCCUGUUGAAAUUUUUAUUGUAGUUCUUUUUCUCAAUGUGUGUUAUGGAUCAAAAUUUGCUUGAAGUUUAAGUGAUAUCAAACUUCUGUAGGUUGAUAGGAGUUCUGACAAGACCAAAAAAAAAAUUUUUGCUAAUGGAUUUUGAUACACAUUGUAACAGUUCAAAGUCAAUUUCCCAUGGGUUGUGUGUGAUUAUACAAAUAGUGAUUUUUGUCCUUUGGUUUCCAGUUAAGAUUUUUGAAAUUGAAAUUGAAAUUUACUGAAAUUUUAAGCAGUAUCAAACUUCCGUAGGUUGAUUAGAGUUCUGAUAAUAUCUCUGAAACAAAGACUUUGUUAAAAUCAGGUUGAUGUAGAUUCAGUUUAAACCACAACUUCUACAAUCAGGUAUUUCUAAGUAGCAAAGGUUUGACAACUUGCAAUAAUAAUAAUAUUAUUUGAUCACAUGGUCUGAUUGUCUGGGUUAGAGUAGGCCUGGAAAGGACUGUUGUGGGCAGUAGUGACUGAUGAUUUGACAACCUUGAUGGAAGUCAUCUCUUUCGUUAAAUGAUUAUGACUUCCUCUUGUUAUGGAUAGUGACUGUAGAAAUAAGUAUCAAGACAUUUUCUGGUAAGAAUGUUUUGUCAUGCUGAGAAGAAUGUCAUGGAACAUAAUAGAACAUUUUAUUAGGUCAUGUAGUCAUGAUGUAAUACCAGUCCACUGAAAUACCGUUAGUCAUGUUGUAAGUUUCUGGAAUGUUCUAGAAUACUUUGUAAAUGUCUAUAAGGAUGCAGUUGUGUAGUAGUAGUUGUUGUUGUCAGAAGUGAAUAACUGCUUGGACAGCUAUACAGAGAGAGAGAGGGCUACUGUGAAGAUUGUUUAGUUCAAGGAACUUUGGAGAAAAUUGUGAGUUUGUGUCAGUGGUGAGGCAAGACACAGAUUGUUGUGGGCUUAAGUAAGUUUAUUGAGGAUAAUUACUGUAUUUCCUGUAGGAUUUUCUCCGCAUUAAAAAUAUUAAAAGUUGUUUAACAAUGGGUUAAUAAAGUAGUGAGGUCUAUUGUAACACACUGGUAUUGUUAAAACUUGAGUCACUUUUACCAACAACAGUCCUUCAGGGAACCACUCUCACCAGUAUGAUCAGACUUCUUAUGACAAACAAAUGUGAAGAUACAAGAUACAUAAUCUCACUGUAGCUCAGAAGCAUUAAUACAGCAUAUCUCAGGUUUUUUUUAUACCUUAUUGACGAGAAACAAAUUCUUUGCUUAAGAAAGAUGCAUCAAUAUAUCCAUGAAUUAGAUUUGAUUGUUUGGUAUUCAUCCUUAUUUUCUAACCAGGUGCGAGGUAAGGACAAUGUAGGAGCCACUAUGGAUUCCAUGGAUCUGGAACGACAGCGAGGAAUAACCAUACAGGUUGGUAUUAAGUAACAGUACUAUGAUUUAUUUAAUUAACUACAGUUCAAGUGCAUGACAUUCAUAUAAUCACAGUCAUUUAUUGAUCACUAAAUGGAUUUAUUACAAACCAACAAAAUGACCAACUCCCAGUUGGCUUGUUAUAGCCUUGUAGCUCAGUUGAUAGAGCAUUGCACUGGUAUCCCAGAGGUCAUGGGUUAAAAUGUAUAUGCCUGAAUUUUUUACAGGUGUUGUUUUCACUGCUGCUUUAUCAUUGGGAAUUCAAAUAUAUGAUUUUCAUACACAUGUAACCACAGUUGAAUUUCAAAUGUCAGGAUCAUACAGUUUGAAGAUUGUAUACAUGGUUACCAUAGCAACAUUAGUACAUCUUUUGUAGUAUGUUCACAGGGCAUUGUGAAGAUGCUAUGUCUUAGAUACAGCAGAAAUUCUGUUGUUUCAAUAUUGUCUGCAUAAUGAAAUAAUAUUCUUUAUAUAUUUCAAGAAGAUACAACUGUAGAUAUGUAUGUUGUGUUUUAGUCUGCAGCAACAUAUGUCAAUUGGAAAGAUACAAACGUUAACAUUAUUGAUACACCAGGUGAGUCUAUCAGCCAUUAAAUUUUUACAUGUACACCCUAACAUGGAGGUGGGAAUUUUAAUGAGUCCAUCUUUAAAGGUUCAAAUGCAUGGGGGAUUACCAGGAAGAGGAGGGGGGGGGGGUAUUGAAGCUUGGACUUAAGUGAUGCUUUAAAACCAAAUUAUGAGAGUGAGAGGGGUAAGUUUCUCAUUGAUUUUUCAAGUUUUUUUUAAUUGUGGCACAAUGACAAUACUCCAUUACCUUCCCUUACUAUGUUAAAAAAAGGAAAGAAAAAAUUUAAUUCACAAGGAAAUAUAAUGGGUACUAACAACAAAAAAUAAGCAAGGAAAUUAAAAAUAUAUAUGAAUGGUGGGCAGCUCCAAUCAAAUCAAGCAGACCCCCUUGAUUUUUCAAGUCGGAUUAAUGAAUUUUUACAGCUUUAAAUUUGCUGACAAAUUUUCACAAUCAUCAGGACAUGUGGAUUUUACAGUAGAAGUGGAAAGAGCCCUGAGAGUUCUUGAUGGUGCCAUCCUGGUGUUAUGUGCUGUUGGAGGGGUGCAGGUUAGUGUCGUAGUCUCCUGAGUUAAGAGUUUAAGGCUUCUUCCUGUCUGUCUCCAGGCUUCUUCUUGUCUGUCUUCAGGCUUCUCUAUCGCCCACAGCUGUGAUUGCUUCUUUCCAGGUUCUCAACCCCUACUACAUAUUAAGCUCUUGUGACUGUGCUUUUUCACAUCUUGCAUGGGUGUCCUAGCAUUGCCCUCUGGUAAUGCAAGUCUGUGCAAUAGUGUUUUUGAGUGGUGGUCCAUUCUCAGGAUGUGACCCAGCUGAAAGUGAGAAAGCAGUAAAUUUUGAUAAUCAGUAGCACAGAAUAUUGUAAGUUGUUGGUGAGAGAUGUCUGUGAAUAAGAAUUGGCAUUUGAAUGAAAAAAUGAACACAACAGAGAGUAUGGCAACUUCAGUACAAUGUUCUUCAUUUUUAAUGUAAUUAUGCUGUAAUAGCUACUCGGAAGAAUCUGAGAAUUUAAGUAACAUUCACUAGGUGCUACUACACUGUAAGCUAAAACUGUUACAUGAAAGUGUCAGUCCUUGAUUUUCAGGCAAGUGUUGGCAUAUUGCAGAUCCUAGAGGCUACAUGUACCAUCCUUAUAAAGCUAAAACAUUUGGUUUAUCAAGUAGCCAUGAUAAAAAAGAUGGUAGAUGCCGACAGAGACCAAAGAAUUGGUCACUCUCAUGUUGGAGAAGUCUGUCAUUGAACACAAUAACCAUAUAUGAUUGUUAAAUUACUAAUGGUUCUGUUUGUUUUCUUAAACAGAGCCAGACGUUGACAGUAAAUCGUCAAAUGAAGCGUUACAAUGUACCCUGUAUUGCCUUUAUCAAUAAACUUGACAGGUAACUUAUUAAGGAACCUAUUUUUUAAUUGGAAAUUUUGGUUUUCUGUAAAUCUUUGAAGUAAAGCCUUCAGUAAGUGCCCUAGCUUAUAAAAAAGAGUUCUUGAAGUUCCUAUCUACAAAAAUUAAAGGAAAUGCCUUUCCCCACAAAUUGAGUUUACCCACCAUAAAUAAGUAAAGUUAAUUGUCGCUUUUCAAGUAAGGCUAAACAGUUUUGUAAAUUUAACUUAGAACAUCAAGCUGUUAGACUGUAAGUAAACAAUGUUAGUAUAGUAUUUAGAUUUUGAACGGAAAAAGUGCCUUUCCUUCAUGCUUUUUUACAGAUGAGUGAUCAGGUUUUCUAAAAUUGUUUAGUGUGCAAUUUGUAGUUUUGAGCACUUAUUUUCAAUUUGAAUCUGUGUUGGAAAAACAACUACAAUCCAAGCACGGUCCAAUUGUUAAAAAUUGUUUUGGAUCAUAGAUUAUCAGUACUAAGUUAUAUUGUUAACACCUAAAUUUCCUCCAAGAAAAGAUCAUAUCUGGCCAAUACAUGUAUUUGAAAAACAAGUGAAACCCUUGGGUUUUCCUUCUUUUGAAGAGGCACCUCCAUCUUGUCCUAAAUUUCAAAUAAAUGCACUGGGGCUGGGGAUUGAAUGGCUGCACUUUUGGUUCUUGAAGUCUUGCAUUUGAUCCACGUCUGGACCUUACUGUGAAGUGCAACAUUGUCUGUAGGCAGCUGUAAACAAUAAGAAUCAAAUUAGCUACCAUAUGCAUCUGGGAGGUCACAUGAAAGUCCUUUCAGGAUUUUCCUUGGUAGAAUACACUUCAUACUUUGAAUGAUAUGAAAGUCCAAAAUUGAUGUCUAUUUUUCCUUCUUAUUUUUCAGAAUGGGAGCAAAUCCAGCCAGAGUUUUGAGUCAAAUUAGGUAAAAAUGGUCACAGUGUUUGUUGUUUGAUUUUUUUGUUGAUUUACAUUAAAGAGGAGCAUGUGAUAAGUAUAGCAUCUUGAUUUUCAAAAUAUUGAUAAGGCUCUUCUUUGUAUUUACAUAAAGAUAACACAUUUGGGUGGGAACAGUACAUUACAUUCAUCACAAACUACAUGUCUGGCCAAAACUUUUAUCUUACUGAGAUAUUGCAAUGUGUGUAGCCCCCCCCACCCCCCCCAAAAAAAAAAAAAAAAAAAAAAAAAAAAAUUCUUGAGAGUGAUUGAAAUGAUAAGGUGAAUGGAAUGAAUGAUGGAGGGGAAAGAAUGUGGAACAUUGUUUUUGUCAUAAAAAAGUUAAAACCCUGUUGUAAAGAAGGAACAAGGUAAAAUUUCUGUGAAUACAAAAAAUGAGAAACAGAACAAUGUGUGUGCAAAAAAUGACCUGAACAGUGUAGCAUUAAACAUUUCAACUGUGAGGCUACAAUUUGAAUUCCUAUGACCAUAGAUUGGAUUGACACUGAGAUUUGCAAGAGGUGACAAGAACAAUGGAAAAGAUCAUCCGCUACAUUUGAGAAGAUACUUGUUGCAUUUUCAUCUGUUUUUUUUUUAACUAUAUAAUUUGUAUGCUUAUUUUGAUUAUUUCAUUAGAACUUGAAAAUGACCUUGGAAUGUGGAAAUAAUGCUUGUUUUUAUCACUGAUUUUUACUACACGAUCUAUAUCAAAGAAACUAAUUAAAAAAACUGAAAAAAAUUCUUUUCCCUAGAGCAAAGUUACAACACACUGCAGCCUUCACCCAGUUGCCAAUUGGUUUGGAAUCUGAGGUAAAAGGAGUCAUCGACCUUGUGCGCUGGAAGGCUUAUUACUUUGAGGGAAAUCAUGGGUAAGCUUAUUCAUAAUGUCAUGACUUUUAUUUUAUUUUUAUUUAGCUGUUUAGCCAAUCACAUGGCUAGAAAUUAAGUAACCCUGCUCCAUUGAUUAUUAAGUCACCAUAACUUUGAGCUAAAAAGUCUCCCAAAAAAUUAAAUUAUGGUAAUUGGCCCUGUCAUUGUUAUACAACUACUGCUGAUUUAAAUUAUUACCGAACAGGUCUGAAGUGGUAGAAGGUGUGAUCCCUGAAGACUUGGUCAAUGAGUGUACAACAAGAAGACAGGAGCUGAUAGGUACAUGUACAAUCUGAGUUUUUUUUUUUCCAAAUGUUUUGUUUGAGUUAUGAUAAUGGCCAAUCAGAACAAAGGAAAAUAUCACAGGGAGCCAAUGGGAACUCAAAGUGAAACAAAGUAAAAUUAAGUAUUGGAAAAUGCCAGUCAUCAAGUUCUGAUUAUUUUAAGUUUUUAAUUUGAUGGGAUAAGAGCUUGAGAGAAAGGGGAAAAUUUUCUGGACCAAUCUCCCAUCAAAUAUCAAUACAACAUCAAGCAAACAAGUGAUGAGAAUAAAGAAAACUAUCAAUUAAGGGAUUAUUAGUUGAUCCAAUACCAAAUUCUUUAAUUGUAAGAAUUGUCCAUCAUAAGAAUUGUAUGGCAGACAGUAACAAGAAUUACUAAUUAGAUUUUUCAGUCAGAGUGUUAAAGUGCUUAACCCUUCAACUCCCAGAUCAAAUUUGUAAUUCUCCUUGCUGUCAACUAUGCAAUUCCUAUGAUGUUAGUUCAGAGAAUUUAGUGUUGGAUCAACUUAGUAUCCCCAAAUUAUCGUCUGUUAAGUGCUGUGGUUUGUAAUCAUUAGAAACUGUGGCUAAUGUGGAUGACACUCUUGCGGAGAUGUUUCUGGAAGAAAUACCACCUACAGAGGAACAAUUAAUUGUAGGUAUUUUGAAAAUAUUAGGGCUGGUAUAUGGAUGAAUGGAUUGAGCUGUAUAUUCGAUAGAUUUCCUCUCUCUAUAUUGGGCUGAAUUACAUACGCAUUUUGAGUGGUUCAUGCCCAUGAUAUAUAGAACAGACGUACAGAUUAUAUCACUAUCAACGACAUUUUACGUUUUUAUCAUAUAACACAAAUACUGUUGAUUCUAACAUGGUCAUUUGUUACUAUCAGCUGAGUUGAUAACGUAAAUUGGCCACCGUUAAGAAUUUCAAAGCUGACGUUUCGAGCGUCAGCCCUUCGUCUGAGCGAAUGACGAAAUGCUAACGCUCGAAACGUCGGCUUUGAAACUCUUAACGGUGGCCAAUUUGCGUUAUCAACCAAUUUCAACAAUUGAUAAUACCAAAUUACCUUGUUAUACUCUCCCAGCAACGCAGCACCACAGUUUCUUUGGAAACGUACCCCUUGAGCCUAUGUUGCAGUGGGUUUGAAUUGUAAGGAAUCGCAGAAUGAAGAAAAGCCGGCAGGCUCCCCCUCCCGGUCCCCUUAGCUCAAGGUCUGGAUCCGCCACUGAUGUAACUGCAGCUGAAUAAGGCUUGAUAAUACUGUAAGAUUGCUUUAAACUCGCAGAACAAGAACUCCAUCCAAAACUCACCCUAAGAAAUGUUUAUUGUAUUAGGCUGCCAUUCGCCGAGCGACCAUAAAGAGAUGCUUCACUCCAGUUUUUGUUGGGUCCGCACUGAAGAACAAGGGGGUCCAGGUCAGUGGUUGAAAAAAGAAUGGGACAAUCUUUUUUUUUUUUUUUUUUUUUUUAACAAGAAGAUUCGUCAGAGAAUAACUGUAGUUGCUGGCGAAGAUUAUUGAACCCCAGUCAGAUCACCUUAUUUUUAACCAGAUGCGUGCUCCACCUCAAAGCCACAGAAGACUUGAUCGAUACGAUGCAUAGAUAAGGCCGAGUAGGAUGAAUGUCGUAACUAGGAGGCAAAAUCCUAGAAAGAGAAACAACAAUGGUUUGACAUAACAAAAGAAACGAAAACAAACAAAAUUUUUUUAUUUUGGCAAUAUUUUAGCAAAAUACAUAAUAAACAAUCCCUACCUGCAAAAUAGCGAAGCUAAUCGAGGCGGGAGGGAAACACACACAAAAAUAAAUUCUUCAAUAACAAGUUUGAAUGAACAAAGGAAAUGACAAGGAGAGCUUUCAUAUACACAAACAAUGAAAAACAGUUCACAAUAGUUUACAGAUAAGCCAAUUGGGCAUUACACAUUACAACUGGAAUAAAAUUACACGCGGAAAAAAAAAAUUUCCUAAAUUUAUCAAUUAAAGUAUAAACAUCAACUAAGUAUCCUCUCGCAUCCAAAUGUUCAGCAGCUGUCUAUACAAUAGUCUUUUAAAUUUAUACAUAGGUAGAGAACGAAGACAGGUGGGAAUGCUAUUCCAGAUCCUUGCGCCCAGUCUGGAAAAUAAUUUUUCAUAGUUCUGUUCUCGAAUGUUUAAGAUAGGAGUUGCCAGCCGCUGAGGACGUUGUAUAAUAGUGACGUUUUUCUAAAGAAUAACUAAAUAAUUCUGAAAUGUAAGGAGGCGUAAGGUUGUAGACAAAAUCAUGCAUGAAAGAGCAGAUUGUUUUGAAAUAGAUCAGAUGAAGAAGAAGUAUACGAGUGGACAUUUUGCUCAUUGCUUCUAUUUUUCUUCGCCCCGACGAGGCUUCGAAAAAGACAACACAACUCGCAAAAUAUUAUAUGUAUUAUACGUUAAACCAUCUAUUAAGGUGAAUGUAUUGGACACGCCAACAGGUCUCACUGCAUUAAAAAUGUUUUUCUGUCCAUCAGCCUCUCCUUGAUGGUGUUGUGGAUUACCUGCCUGAACCUUUUGAGGUGACAAAUUUUGCCUUGGAUGCUGAAAAGUAAGAAGUCAAAUUUAUUUGCACCGUUACAAAUAUCAUUUUUAGGUGUAGUUAAUGUAAACAACAUGAUACUUGUCAGGAAAUUUGGGACAGCUGCGUUUCGAAAUAAUUAUUAUUUUAAAGACCCGUGUGCUUAUUAAAGAGAUGUUUCAUUUACUGUAACAAGAUUGUUUUAUGUCUCUGCAAAUUCAAAGAAAUUUAGAGUAAGGAUUAAUUUCACAGAUCAGGAAAACAGAAAAUAAUGAAAGCAUUAUUGGUACAUAAUAGAUUGGAUUUAGCGAUGGAUAUUUACGUGAUUUUCUCUUGUUGGUAGUUUCCAAGUUGAAUUGGAAUUCGAAGUUUUAGUUUUUGUGAAAGCCAGAGAUAUUUGAGAGAAACUAUCAGAUCACGAACACCAACCAACUACUGCCUUGAAGAAAUAUAAAUAUGUUUGCCCAUUAAUCUCUGUUAUGACAAGAGGAUUUGGUUUUCUCAACUUGAGUUAAGUUUGUAAUGUAAAUUGGUCACCGUGGAGAGAUUCUAAAGCUGACAUUUCCAGCGUUUGCCCUUUGUCAGAGCGAAGGGUCAAUGAACUCCGUUGAUGAAACCAAAUCAGUAUCUUGUAAUACCUAAAGGGGGUAAGUUUCUAAAGAAACUGUGGUGCUGCGUCGGUGGGAGAGUAUUACAGGAGAUUGUAACUGACGUUUCGAGCGUUAGCCCUUCGUCAGAACAAAUGGCAAAGGGCUAACGCUCGAAAUGUCAGCUUUGAAACUCUUAACAUUGGCCAAUUUACGUUAUCAACUCAGUUGAUAAUACUAAAUUACCCUAUCUUGUAAUAGCCCUCGCUAAUGCAGCACCACAGUUUCAUUAGAAACUUACCCCCUUUAUUCAUUAAUCUCAGUUAUAAACAAGCUCAAAACACAAAGCAUGAAAUUGUUAUUGUCUAAGUGGAUUUUUUUUUAUCGUAGUGCUGGAGAGCAAGUGGAGAUGAGCAGUGAAAGGAGUUCUUCUCAUCCCUUCGUGGGUCUGGCUUUCAAGCUCGAGGUGAGGUGUUAUAUAAAGAGUUUUGUAUGUAAACCACUUCUAUGGAAUAAAUAACUGACUGCUUGCAGCGCAUGCGUCUUAUUGGGGCAGGUAACAAGCACGUUAGGGUUAGAGCAGAAGGUGGGGAGACUGGGAAAUUUCUAUUGCCCCACUCCCUCCCCUCUCCUUUCCUUUGACCGUCGCUCACCCCCUUGGAAUAAAGUUCUCUCUUACCCUAGCCUUCCUCUGCCGUGAAAAUCAAAGAUGGCAGCCACAGCUUUCAACGAGAAAAGACUUGGCACUCGCUCGCCAAAAUUACGCUUGCUCUGCAGGCUAAUGAUGAGAGGUAAUUUCUGCAAGUGCGAGCAAGCGCUCUUUGAUCUCACUACUCAGAUAAUUUUGGCGCUCUUAGUUUUCUGAGUCUCACGGUCACUGCAAGGUGUUAAAAGAUUACGGGACUUACUGCAACGAAAGCCAAGUAUGCUGAAUUGUCGAGCCCUUUUCACCGAAGUUUCAUUACGUUUUCGUCUGUUUGAUUUCCUUACAGGCCGGAAGGUACGGUCAGCUGACUUACCUCAGAGUGUACCAAGGCUUGUUAAAGCGAGGGGCUUAUAUCGUAAAUACUCGGACCGGGAAACGUCUUAAGGUGCCAAGGAUCGUCCGAAUGCAUUCGGACACUAUGGAGGUAACCGAAAAAUACGACGAUAUGAAAAUCUUAUCGUCGUUUUUGUAUUCUAACGACGCAAUCAAGGAAAACAGGCUGACUAACUCUGAUUAACCCUAACAUCAGUAUGCACAUUCUCCAUACUGGUCUCUAUACAUUUCCUAACGUGCUGGUAAGGAGAAUUGGUUUAACAAUCAAGAGGUUCUUUGUUUAAUUAUCAUUUUUUUUUUUUAUUCUCAUAACCUUAAUGUUUGAUUCAUGGGUGAUAUUGAAAGGAGAAAAUAGAUGCUGGUCACUCUCAGGAAUUAAAGGGUUAACAGGAUGGAUCAAUGGCAGUGUCUGAGGAACUGCGCGCCUAUUCCUCCCCUAACCCAACAACAGUCAACUGACAACAAGGUGGGCUAGAGGAGGGGUAUACAUUGCUCAAGUUCUUGUAAAUUCUCGCCAAUUAAAUCACCUUUAAACCGUAAUGCCUAAAGCGCUGAUAAUGUAGGGGCCUGUUCACAGUCUAAUGGAGCACAUAUUUUAGUAGCCCACAAUUUUUUUAACGAUUAGUAAUAUUACUCCUUCGUAGGAUGUUCAAGAGGCUGGUGCUGGCGAUAUAUGUGCCUUAUUUGGAGUGGAAUGUGCAUCUGGGGACACUUUUACUGUAGAAGGAGCCAAAUCACUCUCUAUGGUAAGGGCCAUUCACUACGGGUACGUGGCCCCCCCCACGGAGGGUGUGGGAAAUCAGUUGUGGCUGACAGAGUCAUGACUAUUGAAUGUUAACUGCCAAUAAGGGGGGGGGGGGAUUAGAGGAACAUUACGGAGCCUAAGGGGGGAUCAGGUAAACAUAAUCUUCCGACCCCUUCCCCCCCCCCCCCCCCCCCACCCAGGCGGCAAUUAACGCUAAGAAUGCUAAUCCCUACUCCCUAAUUCAUAAUUUUUUUUUUGUAUGGUCUAAUUCCUAAUUUCUUUCAGAGGGAACAAGUACCCCCUCCCCCCUCCUCUUUGCCUUUUGCUCCCAACUUUGUAACUUAGUCGGUAAUUGCGUCAAACUGGCUUCCGCGUGGCUUCUGCGGUGAUUGCGAGAAACUGGCUUCAGAGUUAAUCCGGUCGAAACCCGAAUUCUUGUUUUUUCUUUCAUCAUAUUUUUAAUUGAAUCAUUCCUUUGAGGACCAGCUCGUGUCUCCGCAUGUGUCAUUCACAAGUCAAAUUUAACUUAUUUCAUCAAUCAUACCCUUGUUUUUACAAUACUUCCUCAAACGUAAGAGUUAGUGAGCGAGUGGUCACGUUUCAUUAUUCUUCACAUGUAUUUGCGAGCUUAAGACUGAAAAAAUUGCACUUUGCUCGCUUCUAUCACGUGGUUUUGUUGGUUGUUUAAAGUGCCUGGGACUGUCAAUCAAUAAAGUUUAUACUCUUCUUUACAAGUAUCCCAGACUGUCCUUAUGAAGAAAAUGCCUCGAAAAAACUCACUGUAAGGGUUAAUAUUUGCUGCUAAUACCUCACACUACACACCACCCUUCCCUGUUUCUUUGCAAAAUAUAAGGAUUCAAGGCAAAAAUAUGAUGAUCGCAACUAUUGAAUUUCGAAUGUAACGCGGUUAUGGGAAACAAAAAAAUAUUAUUUCAUGCUUUUUGUUGCAGGAACCAAUUUUUGUUCCUGAUCCAGUUAUUUCGCUCGCUGUAGAGGCAAAGAACAAGGUGAAAACUAAUCGUCUGAAAGUCUUUAUUAUCGUAAAUUGUAUGUUACUGUACACCCUUCUGAAGUAACUGGCUUAGCACUGAGUUCUCUUUUUUAGCUUGCGAGCGGAACAAAAUAUGAGCGUUGCAGUAAACGCGUUUUGCCGCCCUCUGAGUCUGGCACUAAUGAUCAGUGCUAGACCACUUAAAAACCUCUCGCGGGCUCGCAUCGCUCUAGACCUCAUUCUUUCGUGCGGGUGAAGGAACCCCCGUGUUGAAGCGCUUUUAAUGAAGGCCUGUUCUUGGGACAAGAAGGUAAUUUAUUAUUAUCAUCUAUAACUUAAAUUCGCUACCGUAAAAGAGUUCAAACCUGACGUUUCCAGCGUUAGCCCUUCGUCAGAGCGUGGGGCUAACGCUCAAAAUGUCAGCUUUCAAACUCUCUACGUUGGCCAAUUUACGUUAUCAACUCAGUUGAUAAGAGCAAAUUACCUUGUUAUACUCUCCCACCGACGCAGCACCACAGUUUCUUGAGAAACUUACCCCCUUUUCUCUCAGGAUAGGAUCUUAUUUUGGGUUAUUUUGUUGCGCUCUUGGGCAAGACAAUUUGAUCUCAAAACACUCUCAGGAAUAUAAUUUGGUUUUGGAAUCAUGAAAAGCAUGCGAGACAUUCUUAAGUCUCUUCGUGCCGCAUAAGUCGUGAACAUACCUGCCUUAAAAAUCUCUAAUGCUAUAGAGGUAAACGAUUUAUCAACCAUUUGAUUCGACUUGUUUCUGUUUAGAAUGAUUUAGCUCAGUUCUCCAAAGCUCUUAGUCGAUUCUCUCGUGAAGACCCAACAUUUAGAGUGAGUUUCGACGAUGAAAGCAAGGAGGUAAGGAAACUUUUGCGAAAAAUAAAUUUGUAUUCAAAACUCUUGAAAUUUCACCUCUCUCCCGUGUUCUUCUGUUAGCGAGGCUUGUUUUAACUAUCGAAAUUUAGUACAAGUGCUUCCUGUCAAUGGGUAAGUCGCAGAACAAUACUUUUCCCAAUGAGGGUUAAUCCUUUUAGUGAUGUUUUGUUUUUCUCAUCUUUGUCAGACUAUCAUUUCUGGAAUGGGAGAGCUUCAUUUGGACAUAUACACCGAGGUGAGGGCGGCAUUAUGAACAUGUGAAAUAUGGGCGAUAGUUAAUUCUACGCCAGAGGUGUCAUAACGCUUUCUGCGCGCGACUAAUUAACAACUGUUUCCCUCAGAGUCGGUGGCUAGGGAUGGAUUUUUAUCAAGCCGUGACACUGGGGUAAAUAGUUGUUUUAGCAUGUACUAAAACAGUGAGAUAGUAUAGCACUAAAAGAUGAUUUAACUCGUUGUUUCCUGUGACGAGUAUAAUAUUUUAGAGCGCGAGCUGCUCAGAGGUGGCUAGAAAGGAUAUCCGGAAUUUGAGUAGCCAAUCAGAGCGCGCCUUCAACGCUAUCAACUAAUACUUGCUUUUAUUUCUGUUAACCUUUGAAUAGUCCAUUUUACAGUUGUGUGCUUGGUUGCCAAGCCUUUGAACAGGAAUGAGGCUAAGGGUGAUUUUGUUAUGAUACAAACCUUGCUGCUUUUCAAAUGCAAAUUACUUUGUUAUCAUGCUAACUAGAUACUGGUCUCUAUCACAGCAAGGUCACCUUCAGCCUCACUCCAAAUCAAAGGCAUGGCAACUAAGUACAUAACUGUAAAAUGACUUGUUGUCCUUUCUGGCUGCUGCACAAUUCCUUGUAGAUUAGUUACUAGAAUUUGGUGUUAGAUAAAGUUAAAAACCUCUGCUUGAUAAGUUUGAGUAUUCUCAUUACCUGUUUGCUGGAUAAUGUAUGGAUAUUGUAGGGAGAAGUUACAUGUUCAUCACAGCUGGGAGGUUAAUGAAACAUUGCUGCUUGUUCGGUUCUCGAAACAGGCGUUUGUUAGUUUAACCCUUUAACUCCCAGAUCAGAUUUGUACUUCUGCUCACUGUCAACCAUACAAUUCUUAUAACGUUUGUUCAGAGAAUUUAGUAUUGGAUCAACUAAUUAUCACCAAAUUUAAAUUUUUUUCUUUAUUCUCAUCACUUAUCUGGUUGAUAUUGAGUUGAUAUUGUAAGGAGAAAUUCUGUCUUGGUCACUCAUGGAAAUUAGAGGGUUAACAGCAACGUAAUUUGUUGCCCUCGUUUAAGUGUUUAAGCAGUACAAAGAAAAGGCAGUCAAUGAUAAUUUUUGAGGGAGUAAUUGAAGGCGACUCGAAAUUCCCUAUGAUUUGAUGAUUAAAAACUAUUCACCGAAGUGGAAGAGGCUAUGGGUGGAUAUUUACCGGACCGCGAAAUGGUGAAUGAAACAUCCACUGCCAGCUACUGAGGUUGAGGUAAAUAGUUAUUUUAGUACAUACUAAAGCAGUAAGAUAUACAUCCAAAAGAGAUGAUUAUGACUCAUUUAUUACUGCAACGUUCGGCGAGUUACUCGGAAGUGAAUUGCAACGGAUAUUCAGAGUUUGAGCAGCCAAUCAGAACGCGCCUUCAACACUAUCUACUGUUUUAGUAUGUACCUAAGGGGUAUAAUCGCACACAAUUUGAUGCGUUAAUGUCGACUUUAUUAUGUUUAACUUUCUAGGGUGACAAUGUAUAAUUACCAUGACAAAAGCAUUUCCUCAACUUUAAAGCUAACACUUGAUGUUACCUACAUGUUACCUUAAGCUUAGAGUUACUAUAAAGUUACUUCAAAGUUGCUAUUGCGUAUUAUUAUCAUCUAAAGCAAUACGCGAUUUUCGUUUUUUUUUUUCACAGAGAAUGCGAACAGAGUUUAACUGUCCUGUAAUAUCCGGUAAACCCAAGGUAGCCUUCAGAGAAACAAUAAGCGGAAAGGCCACGUAAGUGAUCAACAUCUAAUUUCUCUUAACUUUUUCAUAACAAUUUGCAGAAGAGGGUUUGUGAGAAUAGCAGGUAAAUUAGUGUCAACAACUGAGUUGAAAGUGUAAAUUGACCACCGUAAAGAAUAAAAAAGAUAACAUUUCGAGCGUUCGCCCUUCGUCAGAGCAAUUGAUUUAUGAGAAUGUUGACACUUAGCAGUUGAAGAGAGUUAUCUCCAUGUAACACUGUAUUCUCUCAACUAAUUUGCUGGAAAACGUGAAGGAACAAGAAUGGAGAAUUUCUUAUUAGAUCGUAGUAACCAAAUGUCAAAUGGUUGAAUUUUAGGUUUGAGUAUCUUCAUAAAAAGCAAACAGGAGGAGCUGGCCAAUAUGGCCGAGUCAUCGGCAGAAUCGAGGUAUUUGACAGCAAAUUCUUCUCGAUAACCUGGUAGAGUAGUUUCCAACUGAGUCUCAAAGGUGAUUUGGAAUUGCAGUAGUUUUGCUUUUGAACGCUCUGUGAUUGGUCAAAAAAAACUUGCAUCACUCUCUCAACCAAUCAGGUGAAAGAGUAAAUCCAAUCAUGACUUGACGGCGGUUUGCUAGUUGACUGUUAGCUCUCUGUGAUCUGUUACUUUGUUGUGAUAGGCCUGCAAUGAUUAGGUUGUUUAAGGUUUGUGGCACUCAGUUGAGAAGCAUUCUUUCAGUGUCCGUUUUUUUACAUACUUGUUUUUUGCAUGUUUCUGUGCUCUUUUGUUUUUGUAUCAGUUGAGAUGGACUCUUCCAGUGUCCGGUUUUUAUAUGCUUUUUUUUUGUUUGCUUUUUACUUUUGUCUCAGUUUAGAAGCACUCUUACAGUCUUAUACUUGUUUUUUCAUUUGCUUUUAGCUUUUGUCUUUUUUUAUCUAGUUUAACUUAAUGUUACUCAGAGUACCUAAGUGAAGUUUCAGCGCCAUUCGUAAACCAACGUCUGUCUUGCGUUCACUUUUUGCUUCUUUUCUUUUGUCUUUGUUUUCCUUUAGUUUGCUUGGGUUGCUUUGCUUUUUUUUCUUCCAUCUGCAUUUCACUUUUCCUCUUCCUUCCAGCUGUCACGCCCUUAUCCCUGAAAUAAAACAAUGACAAGAGCAGUGAAACUAAAACGUUGAAGAUCCCCCUAGAGAGACCCAUUAGACGUAUUGUAACCGGAGGGGGAGGGGGAAGCAUCGAAUUCCUAAUUUCUCCACAUGAAAAAUCUCAUCGUCGUUAUGAGGAACCUAAUAGAAGGUCUAAUUGCUAUGGGAACUUGUCUUCCCCGUUCCACAAGGGUGUGUUGCGUAAAAAAGGGCUGUUCCCCUCCUUCUAUUGGUAUGAAGAACCUAACCAGGCGAAACAUUUCCCCCCUCUUAAUCUUUAGAUAUUCCUCCAAUCCAUGAGUGAGAGACAUGUUGAUUUCUUGUUCGUUGUUUGCAGCCUAUGCCACAAGAAUCCCUCACAGAGCUCGAAUUUGUCGAUGAAACUGUGGGCAUGAACAUCCCCAAGAAUUUUAUUCCUUCUAUAGAAAAGGUAACUGCAACUUGAAACUGUGCUUUUCAAUUGGAUGCGAUUUAUGAACAUAAAAAUUCGUUUCACGCGCACAUCGAUAGGUUAAACUUGCUCAAACAUGUUUUUUGGUAAAUGUUUUACUUCUCAGGGUUUCCUAGAAAUUUGCGAGCGUGGCCUUCUCACAGGGCAUAAGCUGGCUGGAAUUCGUUUUGUCCUUGAAGAUGGU